UAAAGGACCCAAUUUAGAAGCAUAUUUUUAAUAUUUAUGCUAUAUAUUUGGAUCCAGAAAUAAUACAAGAUGUUUUUUUCCAUAAUUAAUAAAAUUAUAGUUCUAGGAAUAUUAAUUUUAAUUGUUCCUACUUAUGGCAAUCAAAACACACAUUUGAAAGCUAGAGAUCCUCAAGUAAGCGCAAAAAUUACGCCGUUUAAGGAUUUUGUUGCUGAGGAUGAAGAUAUCUUUGCUUAUAUUUUGAAAGAAGAUUAUCAAGAUCAAGAGAAAUGUGAAUCGAAGCUUGAGGAAUAUUGUAAUGAAUUGAAGGUUAUAGAUCCAGAAUUAGAUAAAGUUUAUAGUAAAGUUAAAGAAAUUUGUAAUAAUAUAGAACAAAAAUGCAAAGACAUAAAAGCAAAGAUUGAAAAAAAAAUAGAUGGAAUUAGAGAAUUAAUCCCUGUUUUGGCUAUUAAAAGCAUCUUUUAUGAAGAAUGCAAUAAAUAUUUUGAUACAUGUAUGUUUUUUGAACCUACAAAAAAUCAGCAGGUCAUAGAUUUCUGCAUUUUCUUUCGAGAUACUUGUUAUUUACACAAGCAAAAAGAGAUGAGAAACGAAGUUUUUCUUAGAGCUCUUGGUGCUGAUAUUACUAAAUCUAAAGAUUUCCAGGAAAAAAAGCAGGAAAUUUGUCCAACAUUGAUUAAAAAGGGUGAUGAUCUAGCCUCAUUAUGUCUUGAAAAUAUUUCAUUUGAAGAUUUCAAUAAUGAUAUUGAUCGUUUUUGCGGUUCUUUAAGCGAUCUUAUUGAUAAUGGUAGAAAAGAAGAAAUAUGUUAUGAAAAACUCGGAAUAUAUUCUCCUCUCAAAGAGAGAUGUGAAGAGAAAAAGAGCGGAUUGAAAAAACUAUGCGAGGGAAAGGGUAUUAUAUAUAGUCCUCCAAUUAAAGGUUUUAAUCCAAUUGAGCGGGAAAUGACAUUGUUAGAGAAGAUUGGUCUGGAAAAUCUUUAUAAAGAAGGAAGAAAUAGAGGACUAAUUCUUGGAACUUUAGAAAAAACGUUGGAUGACAUGUUAAUCCGUUUAUCUUCGAAUAUUAAAGCUAAUAAUAUGGAAAACAAAUGCAAGAAACUACUAGAUACUAACUGUAGUUAUCUUAGAACUAUAAGUUCUGAAUUUAAAGAAUUAUGUGAAAAAAAUAACAAAGAAGAAAAAUGUAGAGAUAUAUCAGAAAUAACGGAUAGGUGUAAAAAUCUUAAAACGAAACUUUAUCAAGAUGGGACUUUUGUAGAAAUUAAAGGUGGAGUAAAAUCGCAAAUUUUGUAUCAAGAUGGGUUUUUAACAUCAUUUACCGAAAAUGAAUGUUUAGAGGUUAUCUCAGAAUGUACUUAUAUUAAAAGAUCAUGCAAUCCUGAUAUGAAUACUGAAUGCCAAAAUCUAAGGCUGGCAUGUUAUAAAAAGAAAGGAGAUCAACUUUUCAUUAAAUUAGUUGGAAGACAGUUGCACAAACUUAAUAUAUCAGAAUCGAAUGAUGAAGGGCUUAAGGAAUGCCAAAAAAUAGUAUUGGAAAAGUGCUCUACACUUAAUAAUAAUAAUAUUGAGAUUUUUUUGAGAUGCCUUCGGCCAAAGGAUAUAUGUCUUAGAUUUGAAAAAAUUAUUUCGUCUCAAUUGAAAGAUCUAGAAAAAGCUUUGAAUGCAGUAGGGGAUUCUCCUAAAGAAAAGGACUGCAUUGAAUUGAAAAAGGAUUGUGAAGGUAUUUUAAAAGAUUUAGGAUUAAAUGAUGAGAAAUGCGUUAAAUUGAAAGAGCGUUGUGAAUAUUUUAGAGUUACAAAAAAACUGAAAUAUGCGUUUUUAAAAGAAGAAAGUGAUGCAUUAGCGGAUAAUCAAAAAUGUAUAAAAGCCUUUAAGGAUAAAUGUGAUAAAUUAUCUGAAAAAGAGAAGAAUUUAUAUCAUGUUUCAUGCAAUUCACUAGAAGAAACAUGCAAAUUUAUGGUUUCAGAAGCUAUGAAUCAUUGCGAUAUUUUAAAAAAGAACAUGCAAGAACAUAAAAUUCUGGAUAAAACUAAAGGUUCAAAUCAAACAUUGGUUAAAAAACUCUGUACAACAUGGGGUUCAUAUUGUCGCCAACUUAUGGAGAAUUGCCCGGACACGUUAAAAAAAGGUUCCAAUAGCCAUGAUGAAAAAGGAGUCUGUUUACAAUUGAAAGAUAAUUGCAAGUCAUUCUGGGUUGAAAAGAAAGUGGAUGGUAAACCAGCAAAAGAAGAUGGAAAGAAAGUGGAGGAUAAGCCACCGAAAGAAGAUGAAAAGAAAGUGGAGGAUAAACCAUCAAAAGAAGAAGUGAAACCUAAUGAGGGGAUGAAAAUAAGAAUUCCUGAUAUGAUUAAAAUAAUGUUGUUGGGAGUGAUUGUUAUGGGGAUGAUGUAA